GGAAACAUGUCCCACGCUCCUCGCCGUCUGUUUCCAAGGUAACCCCGGUACCUCUUAGCAAUCCGGAGCCUAUAACCCUGCCAUGGCCGCCGCGAGUCCCAGCGUCUUCCUGCUCAUGGUCAAUGGGCAGGUGGAGAGCGCCCAGUUUCCAGAAUAUGACGACUUGUACUGCAAGUACUGCUUUGUGUACGGCCAGGACUGGGCCCCCACGGCGGGUCUGGAGGAAGGGAUCUCACAAAUCGCAUCCAAGAGCCAGGAUGUACGGCGAGCACUGGUGUGGAACUUCCCCAUGGACAUCACCUUUAAAAGCACCAACCCCUAUGGCUAUCGUGCUCAGCGUGUACGGACCAGACGUGUUCGGGAAUGAUGUGGUCCGAGGCUAUGGAGCGGUGCACGUGCCCUUCUCACCUGGCCGGCACAAAAGGACCAUUCCCAUGUUUGUGCCAGAGUCUACAUCCAAACUGCAGAAGUUCACUAGUGACCCGUGUCUGCUCCCAGGGAUUUGUCACUCUCCUCUUCAAUGUGGUGACCAAGGACAUGAGGAAGCUGGGCUACGACACUGGGCCUGCAGACACACAGGGUGUCUUAGGGCCCAGCCCGCCCCAGGGCAUCCCUCGAUGAAGGCCUUUUCUGUUACCCUGAGUCUGAACGGAACCGUAACUACGGACUCCUUACUGCCUUCCCCCUUCCCAUCUACCACUGACCCACUGGCCUUAAGUGCAGCCUGGGGUGGGGGUGGGGUGGUUAGGGACAAUGGGAUUGUUUUAUAUAAUAAAGUCACAUUUUUAGAUACCCCAGGUCUAGGGCUAUCCUCUCCUUUCACGCCGCUCUCCAUGGGAGUAUGUCCUGGGGUGGUGGUAGAAGUCAUAAAAGGCUACACUCCAGGAUAGCAAACCAUCACACCUGGGAGGCCUUUUCAGCCUCCUACACUCAUCCGGAAUGGGCACACUGUCCACCUCUGAGGUAUAUAGUUAAGUAGAACCACUUGCUCAGUGCACAAACUCUGCUCCAUG